CGCAAUAUUGAUGUCGACCGAUCUAUAUUUCUCCACCCGAGCGACGACAUUAGACAUGUUCUUUUAGCUCGGUUUCAUGUCAGGAAUUUAAAUUCCGUAGUUCCGGUGUAAACAGUCGUGGUGAAGACGACAAAAAUACACAACUGCAACAAAACAGGGGUCUCUGGAUGAAAAUGCCCCAGACUAACACGAAAAAGAAUGGAGGACGAGGGAAGGACUUCCUUGAAUAAAGGCAACCUGCUGAGCGGUGUGUUGCUGGUUUUGGUCGUCAUAGCCAUCGGUUUAACCUUACUGUUCGCUGGGAUUUUUGAGGACAUCCAAGACUUGAUUAUUUUAGGGACUCUUUUUUUAGUGUUCACCAUCUUCGUCUUCCUAUGUGUCUUUUCGACGGUGAUCCGCCCUUAUAUUAAAUCCGGAAAGGUAGCAGACGAUGAAAACAUAGGCUCGAACAGUCACGAAAAUGUCGGGUUUUCUCAGAACGAAAACGAUUUAAAAUCAACGAUUGCGUCAUUUGAGCGUAUUCAGAUUGAGAGUGAUGACCAAGAUGAUGAAUCCAUCGACGGACGAAGGCGUGCGGAAAGUAUUAUUGUGAACCUGAAAUCUCGGGCAAAUAGUGCGCACAGUGUACAACCAUCAGAGGGACAUCCUGGAAAUAAGAAAAAACGUGUGAGUUUCUUUAGAGAUUACAGUGGGAACACUAUGACGUCAUGAUUACGUCAAUAAACUGGACCCUCUACAUCGAUAUCCACAUCGUUACCUCAGAGCUACAGGGUUGUACAACUGAUAUUAAAAAUAUGCAGCAUAAAGCAUGUAUUUGUGAUCUCAUGUGUUCUUUGGCCUUAAAUUGACAGUUUUGUGUCGAAACCAAGGAUUUAAAGUGUUGUUUCUCGAGAAUAAUUUUGCUCUAUACCUAACUUAUUGCAGAAUAAAGAUAUUUAACAAUUA